GUGGAGGAGCGCGUGGAUUUCCUACCAUGAUCCUGGCAAACGCCUUCUGCAUCGUCCUCUUCCUAGAGCAGCUCCUGCGCUCGCUGGCCGCGCCCCCGUCGCCGCCGGCGCUGGCCCCGCCGGGCUGGCGAGCGCCCGUGGACUGCGUGCGAGCCAACGAGCUGUGCGCGGGCGAGCCGGGCUGCAGCUCCCGCUACCGCACCCUGCGGCAGUGCCUGGCGGGCCGCGACCGGAACACGCUGCUGGCCAACAGGGAGUGCCAGCUCGCCCUGGAGGUGCUGCAGGAGAGCGCCCUGUACCACUGCCGCUGCAGGAGGGGCAUGCGGAGGGAGCUGCAGUGCCUGCAGAUCUACUGGAGCAUCCACAUGGGGCUCACCGAAGGAGAGGAAUUUUAUGAAGCCUCCCCGUACGAGCCGGUCACCUCUCGUCUCUCUGAUAUAUUCAGACUCGCUUCAAUUUUCUCAGGAAUGGACCCGGCCGCCGCCUCCAGGAGCAACCAGUGCCUGGACGCGGCCAAGGCCUGCAACCUCAACGACAACUGCAAGCGGCUGCGCUCGGGCUACAUCAGCACCUGCAGCCGGGAGCUGUCGGCCGCCGAGCCCUGCAGCCGCCGCCGGUGCCACAAGGCGCUGCGCCAGUUCUUCGACCGCGUGCCCGGCGAGUUCACCUUCCGCCUGCUCUUCUGCUCCUGCCGGGACCCGGCGUGCGCCGAGCGCCGCCGCCAGACCAUCGUGCCCGCCUGCUCCUACGAGGACAAGGAGAAGCACAACUGCCUGGACCUGCGCGGGGCGUGCCGGGCGGAUCACCUGUGCAGAUCCCGGCUGGCCGAUUACCACACCAACUGCCAGGCCACCUUCCAGACCCCGACCAGCUGUCCCGGGGACAACUUCCAGGCGUGCCUGGGCUCCUACGCGGGGCUCAUCGGCUUUGACAUCACCCCCAACUACGUGGACGCCAGCACCAGCAGCAUCACCAUCUCGCCCUGGUGCUCCUGCAGAGGCAGCGGGAACAUGGAGGAGGAGUGCGAGAAAUUCCUGCGGGAUUUCACGGAAAAUCCCUGUCUCCGAAACGCCAUCCAAGCUUUUGGGAACGGGACCGACAUGAACGUGGCUCCCAAAAAUCCCAACCCCGCCGCCACGGCGCCGCCCAAGGCGGAGAAGAGCCCGGAGCUGCCGGACGAUGUCAGCGACAGCAACACCGCCUACGACACGAGCGUCAUCAGCACCUGCACCUCGCUCCAGGAACAAGGCCUGAAACCCAACAAAUCCAAGGAGCAGAGCCUGUGCUACUCCGAGGCGCAGCUGACCACGGAUGUGAUGCCGGAGCAGAAAACUUUCCUGGAUCCCAAGGCGGGGAGCAGCCGGCGCGGGGAGAGCCGGAUCCUGCUCCUCAUCCCCGUCCUGAUCCCGGCGCUGGGGCUCUAGAGGGGCGGGGAGGAGCGGCCGGUGGGGCGGGGACACUCUGACCAGUGCCACCAGUGCCACCAGUGCCACCAGUGCCCACCAGUGCCACAGACUGGAACGCUCCCAAAUCCCGGGAAUGCCGAGCUCCGGAGAGGCAGCAGGACCCUUCAGCACGCUGGGAAACUUUGGUGGUUUCCUUCCAACUUUUUGGUUUUUUUUUUCCCAGGAGUUUUGGGGCUUUUUUUUUUUUGUCUUUUCCGGGUUGGUUUUCCUGGGAAAACUCCCUGGAGUGGGCCUGGAAUGGGGGUCUGGAGUAGCCAGCGGUGCCGGGGAAGGGAAAAAAGUCGGAGAAAAAGUUUGGGAAAGUGAAUUUCAGGAUUUUUGCACCGGGGUGGCCACAGGGACACGGAGGAUUCCACGUGGGAACAUCCUGGAGGAUGAAGGCGCCAUCGGGAACCACCUGGAGAGGAUUCCCGGAGCUCUUCCCGUUGGUUUUUGGGGGAUUUUGGUUGGGAUUUUUCCUCGGAGACUUUCCGAGUGGAAGAGAAAAGAAACUGGUGUGAAACGUGUGUGAGGUUGUGCUGAUGUUUUCAAUCAUUCCAAGGGGAGAGGUUCCAUUCUCCUUAUUCUUUUCUAUUUUUAUUUGGAAUUUGGGUUGGGAGUGGAUUUUGACCCCUCCAGGGUCGGAAUUCCCGAUUUUCCCACCCCAUUUUAAUUCCUAUAUACACAUAACAUAUGAAUAUUCCCAUAUAUAUAACCCUACCCAUCCUGUGACUUCCUAAUUCCCAUUUUCCCCUUUAUUUUCCUUUUUUUUUUUUUUUUUUUUUUUUUUUUUUCUAAUUCCUCUGAUUCCCACAACAACUUCCAAAUGUAUUCUUGGAAAAUUUAUUUUUUUUAACGAUGUCUAUAAUGGAAAAAAAAAAAAAAUCAGAAAAGCAAACCAAAAUAAACCAAG